UCCUCCAUACGAGCCAGUCUACGACUCGAUUCUUCUUUUCUAAACACCAACCACACGCCGCAAUUAGCAUCACAAUGUGUCCCUCUGGCCGCACCCUCUGCGCAGAGACCGCCACAACGACGACCAUGACCUCAGAUUUCCGGCCAGCCUUCGACGCCCUCGACUCCGACCGCGACGGCAAGAUCAGCAAAGACGAUCUCCGAGCCUUCUACGCCGGAUUUUCCAGCUCCGGCGCCGACGAAAAUCUCAUCGGAUCGAUGAUGUCGGUCGCCGAUUCCAACAAGGACGGCUUCGUCCAAUACGACGAGUUCGAGCGCGUUUUGGGCGGCGGCGGCGGUGCAAGAAGCUCGGGGGGAGUGAUGGAGGACGCGUUUAAGGUUAUGGACAAGGACGGGGAUGGGAAGCUCGGCCACGAGGAUUUGAAGAGCUACAUGAGCGCGGCUGGCUUCGCCGCCACUGAUGAAGACAUCAAGGCCAUGAUUAUAUUGGGCGGUGGCGAUGACAACCAAGGCGUGUCUUAUGCUGGCUUGCUCAAGAUCUUGGCCGUUGAUCAUGUCGGCUAGCUAGAGACUUUGUCCUCUCAUUGAGUCGUUGGCCAGUUGCCAGGUCUUAAUUCUUGUUUAUGUAACAAUAAUAAAUGUAUUUAAUUAUUUACAUGGAGUAAAACGCUCCAGCUAGCUAGGGUAGAACUAGAAGGAGGAUUUUAUUUUAUAUUUCCUAGGCAAUCCGAGGUAGUGGGAAACAAAAUUAUGGUUUUGUUUGAAUUUGAAUCAAGUGAGUGAUGCCAGAGCAAAAUUUGUACGGGUCCUGUUUCGUUUCCGUCGGGUUUGUUUUAUUAUGUGUUUGUUUUGUUUGUUAGCACUUGGCUCCAUAGACGCAUAUCACAUGCAGGGAAUCUUUUGGAUUUCCUUUUAUCAGUGUGCGAUAUUUUCUUCUAAAGACAUCGUGGCAUAUUAAGCACA